CGGAGAGAGACAGAGUAUGCUAAGAGUGUGAAAACGAAGAGCAUAAACUACACGGGACGAGGAGAGAGAAAGUGUGUUAAGAAAGAGAGAUAGAGAGAGAGACAAAGAGACUGUUUGUGUCUUACCCAUUCGAGGAAUCAAAGCAUCUUUUUUCGAGCUCUGAAAGAAGAGGAGAGGCAGAAGAUAAGGGUGAAAUUAGGGUUUUCUUUCGUUUGCAGUCAUCUCGCUAAAUAAGUGCUAUCCAUCUGCCGAGUGAUCAAGUAGCCUCACAACCUGAACCUGGAAAUAGAUUGUGGUGCAUAUCAUAUAACUGGAUUUAGGAUUUAUGGUUAUCUGAAUUCAAGUAGUUUGAAGAGACUCUCCCAAGCUGUGAAACGGGUCAUGAAUGCGUGUCUAGGGACAUGCUCGAACCAAAGGGAGCGGACAUACCAAUAUUGUUCCUGGUUUUGGUUGUACUUCCUGUAGUAGCUUACAUAUUAUUAGGAAAAUGGAGUGACACUUCUUUAAAAAGAGGGAGGGCUAACUUGCUGGCUCAGAUGGCAGCUGAAGAAGCUUUAAGAGCUGAGACUGAAGUCAAUACGAUCAGGGAUGUAAGAUUUGAGACUGUGGCUGCUGAGAAUAGGUCUCUAAGAACCAAGACCAAAGCUGUUCCUGCUGCGAGUGGUGCUGUAAGAGCCGAGUUUUUGGGUGGUGUGUGUGGGACUGUAGCUGACCAGAGAUCUGAUUCCGUGGCUUCUACAUGUGGGAGCCCAGUUGUUGUUCCUAUCACUAAUGUUUUAUUACAUGUAUGUGCAAGGUGUUUUGGUCCUGCUAAGACACGUUGCUCGAGAUGCAAAUCUGUUAGAUACUGCUCUGGCAAGUGCCAAAUAAUUCACUGGAGGUUAUCGCAUAAAGAUGAAUGUGUCCCAGUGGAGACUUGCUCUCCUUCAUCUGAGAGGGUCUCCUUUGAGAAUGAUUCUGUUUUACAUGACCAUGGCAUCGAUUCUACUAUGUAUAGUAACAAUACUAAGCAGACAGCGAAAGGGAAGACUUCAAAAGGCUCUGUAGAAUUUGCAGCCUUGGGUAUCUCCCAGAUUGAUAUUACACCACAAGUCAACACGCAAGGGAGAAAAAGCGUAGGGAAGCAAAAUUCUUCCAAGUCCAACGGAGAAUCAUUUAUUGGUGAAGCUGCUUGUUCUGGUGGCGAUACCAAGAAGGGUCACACUAAACAUAAGUCGAGAAGCAACAGCGUUGCUGUGGAAACAAAUCCUAAUAGGCGUUCUGUUGACAACUCGUGUAUGCAAAUGAAUGGACAGACUUUUGUAAGUGGUAUGCAGGAAAGUCGCAAACAUGAAAACAGUUUGGGAGCAAGAAGCUCUUUUGGUUGUCAAAACGCACAAUUUCCUGUAAAAGGGGCCAGAACUGCUACACUGCCCACAUCUGGAGAACAGUCAUGCACAGAGACAAGUAAGAAGGGACUAGUCGCUGCAGUAUCAAAGACUGUGAGGUCUAAGGAUACAGGCAUUGCUGAAGAAAGCAAUGGCAUCUCCUCAACCACGGGUUUAAUGAAAAUGAUGGGUUUACGAAGUUCUACAAAGCAUGAUGAUCGACAUAAGAACCUGAAAGUUAGUUCCCUGAUGCUUUUUCCAUACGAGGAAUUUCUUAAAUUCUUUCAGUGUGAAGUGUUUGACUUAUCACCUAGGGGCCUUGUAAAUUGUGGAAACAGUUGCUAUGCAAACGCUGUCUUGCAGUCCUUAACAUGUACAAAACCACUCGUUGCUUAUUUGCUUCGACGAUCACAUUCAAGAUCAUGUUCUGGGAAAGUUUGGUGCCUUAUGUGUGAACUUGAGCAACAUGUAAUGAUGCUUAGAGAAUCUGGAGGUCCACUUUCUGCUAGCAGAAUUCUCUCACACAUGCGAAGUAUAAAUUGUCAGAUUGGUGACGGGAGUCAAGAAGAUGCUCAUGAGUUCUUAAGGCUUUUGGUUGCCUCUAUGCAAUCCAUAUGUUUGGAGAGACUUGGAGGUGAGACUAAAGUGGAUCCAAGGCUGCAAGAAACAACCUUAGUUCAACAUAUGUUUGGUGGACGUCUCCGCUCAAAGGUGAAAUGCUUGAGGUGUGAUCAUGAAUCAGAAAGAUACGAGAAUAUAAUGGAUCUUACGUUAGAGAUAUACGGAUGGGUAGAAUCUCUUCAAGAUGCCUUGACUCAGUUUACUAGACCAGAAGAUCUCGAUGGAGAAAAUAUGUAUAGAUGCAGCAGGUGCGCUGGAUAUGUUAGAGCGAGGAAAGAAUUGAGCAUUCAUGAAGCACCAAACAUUCUCACAAUUGUUCUUAAGAGAUUCCAGGAAGGAAGAUACGGGAAAAUAAACAAAUGUAUAAGUUUUCCUGAAAUGCUGGACAUGAUACCUUUCAUGACAAGAACCGGAGAUGUUCCUCCGCUUUAUAUGCUUUACGCUGUUAUAGUUCACUUGGAUACUCUCAACGCAUCUUUCUCGGGUCAUUACAUUUCCUAUGUCAAAGAUUUGAGAGGCAAUUGGUUCAGAAUCGAUGAUUCCGAGAUUCAUCAAGUGCCAAUGACUCAAGUUAUGUCAGAAGGAGCUUAUAUGUUGUUCUACAUGAGAUCGUAUCCGCGUCCUCAAAGAGGAGAACACAACGGAAAAGCUCAGGUUCGGCAUUCGCAACCAAGAAACGAGAUGAAGGAACAGAGGAAACCGAUUAACCGCUUCAAACCGAGAGCAGAGCACAACAACGCAGAGUCAUCCUCAAGCGAAUGGUCUCUCUUCACGAGCUCAGAUGAAGCUUCUUUCACCACAGAAUCAACCAGAGACUCUUUCAGCACCAUAGACUACACAGAUGUUUGCCACGUCGCAGACUCUACUUCUCCUUUCUCCAUCUUCAACAACUUAUACCACAACGUGGAGCCAUCGCCACACAACACCGUGGCAUGUAGAAUGUUCUCAGGUACCAAACCCGAAACCCGAUAUUUCGUGGAGGAAGAAACAAAUCACAACAACACGGUCGUGUUGGACUCAUCACCACCAUCCCACGAUUAUUACCAGCAGAGUAUGUAUGUAAAUUAUGAGACUAACCCAGGAUAUAACGGUCAGGAUCGAACUUACAGUUAUGAACAAAACUGGUAGUAGAAAGAAGAGACUAGAGAGGAUUCUGUUUUGAACCUCCCAUGAUUUUUAAAUAUGUUUUAGAGAUCUCAUUAGGGAUACUUAACU